AUGGGGGUUGGUCGCAACUCACAACUCGGUGGCACGGAGGGAGGAACGAGGAAAAGAGGAUCAGAAAGAUGGAGAAAGAGGAGAGAGAACGAGAAAGAGAGAGAGAGAGAAGGAGAAAGAAAGAGAUGGAGAGACGGAGAGAGCGAGAGUGAGAGAGAGAGAGAGAAAUAUUGUGGGGUGAAAAGGGGGAGGCACGGCGUCGAACCGAAGAAACCCGGGCGCAAGGUGAGCAGCGAACGGCGCGGCUUACUCUUGGAAGCGACUCUCCGGGAGGAGAAGAAGAUGGAGGAGAGAGGAGCGGCAUUCAAUUAG